AGGCAGGUGCUCUUACAUAGACGUAUCUGUAGUCCAAACAGUAUUAGUGGCAGACAUCUGUUAAUUGCCAAAAGACAAUGACCAAAAAGUCGAAAAGGCCAUCUCCACCAGCUGUGGCACAAAUAAAGUCGAGCGUGCAGCUAAUAAAGUCGGAAGUUACAACUGAGGAAAUGAAUUCAGCACAGCCUGAAGAGCAAUCGGUGGAUAAGAGCUUAGAGGUUUUUCUCUGGCUAAUGGCCUAUAGCGUGCUAAUGUUUACGCUGCCUUUCUUAGGCUUUUAUGGUGUGCGCACCUGGCUAGAUGAAUCAUUUCCCGAACUGAGCACUUUUCAAGUGAAUUGCUACUCUGUGCUAACAGCUGUUCUAGUUGUCAAUGCCAUUGUUGCUAUGUAUGUGCUAAAGGCGGUCCGUGAAAAGGAUCCACCUGCGUUGGCAAGUGAGGACCAGGAAGAUAAGAAGGAACAGUAGUUUAGUUUAAGAUCAGCGUAAUAAAAACAAGCUGUAACACUUUUAAA